UUGAAUUUGUGUGUAUUUUUGUUGUCUCUCGAGUAGUUUUCUAAUUGUCUUUCACAUAUAAAUAGUUCACCGAGGUCCUCUUAUAUCUCAAAAAAAUCGGUAAAUGUCGUAGACGAUGACUUGCAAAUUAAAUUUAGUGGAAUGUCUUCGAGAUUCGCCGAGUUUUAGAUUGAACUUGGAAGAGGAGGAACGGGGCAUCGAACAUCUCGAAACGAAGUUAGAUAAAGUCGUGAAGGCAUGUCAAGCUGCCGUGGACCAAGGAAAGGAAUUCGUAGCAGCGCAAUCUGCGUUCGCGACGUCUUUGUGGGACCUCCAGAAGCACUUUCAAGACGACAAAAGCUCUCAUAACGCCCUGGCGAAGUUAAUUCAUCUCAUCCAGGAAAUGAAUAAAUUCCACACGACGCUUCUCGAUCAGGCAAAUCGGUCCGUGCUGAAGACUCUGACAGCUUUUUUGAAGAAAAACGUCAAAGAAGUGAAAGAUUCCAAGAUUUUGUACAACAAAGUGUCGGAAAAUAUGGACACGGCACUGUACAAAAAUGCCCAAGUCAAUAAAAAUCGCCCGCUGGAGAUCACAGAGACGGAAAAUUAUUUGUCCGCGACGACGUCGUGCUUUCGUCACACCGCUCUGGACUACGUGAAUGCGAUCACGUUGCUGCAAUCCCGUAAAAAAAUGGAAAUUCUCUCGGCUCUCUUGAGCUACAUCCAAGCCUGCAGUACUUACUACCAUCAAGGCAGCGAUUUGUGCGAAGAUUUUGCGCCGUACUUCAAAACGCUCGACGACGAAAUCGGCAAUAUGCGGACGGAUCACAACCAGUUGGAGAAAUUGAUGCAAAAUCGACACGCUCUAGUCACGGAAUUCACGGAAAAAAAUGGCGACAUCAAGAAUCUCAUCAACAAUUUGGAGCCGAGCGACGUUGAGGCGAGUAAAAAUAACAAGGAAAAAUGCAUCAUGGAGGGAUAUUUGUUCAAGCGGACCUCGAAUGCGUUCAAGACGUGGAAUCGACGAUGGUUUUGCAUGAAAGACAACAAGCUGUACUAUCGCAAACGCACGGGCGAAGAUAUGCCGACUGUCAUGGAGGAGGAUUUGCGCAUUUGUCACGUACGGCGACUGGCAGACAGUGAUAGACGGUUCUGUUUUGAAGUCUUAUCGCCGAACAAGUCACACACAUUACAAGCCGACACUGAAGAGCAAAUGCAGGCAUGGAUCGCAGCACUUCAUCGUGGCAUCGACAACGCCAUACACAAAGCGAGCGUCUACAGCGAAAACAUGUGCAACGUGCCAACAUCGUCAACGUCGAAAAAUGACUCGGAAAAUAGCAUCAAAAAAAUUAAUUGGCAGCAAAUUUUGACGAUUCCGGGCAACAAGAGUUGCUGCGAUUGCGGCAAUCCCGAACCAAAAUGGGCUUCGAUCAACUUGGGCAUCACACUUUGCAUCGCCUGCAGCGGCGUUCAUCGUAGUUUAGGCGUACAUUACAGCAAAGUCCGUUCUCUGACUCUCGAUGUGUGGGAACCGGAAGUACUGCGAGUCCUUUUUGAGCUCGGCAACGACACGAUCAACCAAAUUUACGAAUCUUACAUUCCAUCGACGUGCGAACUGGAACGCGCCACGGAACAUUGUGAUAGGACGGUGCGCGAAGCAUGGAUCCGCGCCAAAUAUAUCGAUCGGAAAUUUGUGAUGCCGUUGCAGUUUGGCGAUUCGCCGCGCAAUUCCGCAAAUGUGGCGAAUAACAACAACAGAGACGCGGAUGGCGUGACGUUGCGCGGAAAUGUGCCUGGAAAGUGGAGUGUGCUGAAGACGAGACGACGUUCGUGUCAGCGACGCACGAAACCGCGCAUGGAAGUUGAUGAGGACAAAGAUUUGGACAGCACGUCGUCACAACGAUCGGAUAUUUUGAUCAUUGGGGAGAACUUUAAAGCUGCUACGACGCCGGGAUGCGGGAAUGAUAACGACGAGACGACAAAUAAUACGCCGCAAGUUAGUAUUGGGCAUUCGGAUCAGGAAAGCACGAGCGGAGAAGAAGAUAUUAUCGACGAGGAAGAAAUGGACAAACUCAAUCCAAACUACCUACUUUACAAAGCAGCAUUGGCUCACAAUAUUCCAGUGAUGUGUCAGGCACUCGCUCUUGGCGCCAACAAAAAUUGGGAAAACUCCCAAGAUUUUGAUCGUACGGCAUUGCAUCAAGCAAUUCUCUCGGGCUCUCUAAUGUCAUGUGAAUUCCUCCUCUUGAACGGCAGUAACAUCGACGCUGUUGAUCGAAAUGGCGAAACGGCGCUUCAUUUGGCGACUGAAAAAGGCUUCACUCAACUCGCCUAUUUGCUUUUGAAGCACAAGGCGAACUACAAUAUCGAAAAUAAAAGUGGCAAGAAAGCCAUUGACAUCGCCGUUGAUCAGACGAACGCUGACAUCGUCACCAUGCUCCGCUUGACGCAACUGAACGAGGAAAUUGGCAACGAUGGCGAUGGCGAUACCAUCGGCGACAACACAUACAAUGAAGUGAUGCGCGACUUUUGUAACUUGAGUCAUAAUCAACCGCAAAAACUCGUACAACGGAACAACAUUCGUGGAUCGGGCGAAGAUUCCGGCUUGAAUUCCGACACUUGUACCGACGACGCAUAAGCGCAUUUUUUUAAAAAGACAAAAUAAGCGACGAGCAUUUUUCUUUCGUAUUCUGAUCAAAUCAGAAAUCUGGUCUUGUGAUCUGGUUAAAAGAUUUAAAUAAUUUAGCAGUAUUGUUUAUCCAUUCUUGUAAAUGACUCACAUUUUUUUUUGUUUUGUUGUACAUUUAUUUACUUAAAAAAACGUAAGAAAAAAAUAUUUGUUAAGUAAAAAUUAUAAUUAGUGUUCAAGAAAAAAAUAUAAAACUCACCUCUAAAAAAAUAGAGCGAAAAAAAUCAAUCAAUGUUGUUAAUGUUAACCAAUGUUAGUUGUCUAUAUUAAGAUAAUCAUUUAAUUAUUAAAAAAAUUAACGAUACGUAACUGAAAAUAAUCGAAUAUCAAAUAAAAAAAUAUUUAUACAUAGAAGAAUCUCAUGGUGACAAUUUUUACGUAGAAAAAUUUUAUUAAAAAAAAUCUCAGUGAUCUUUACGAAAAUUAAAAAAAUUAAAGUUUGUUGUUAAAAAUGAUAUUUUUUAAUAGAAUCCAGUUGAAUUUAAAAACUCAAAAGUAGAUGGACUUCGAAGUAGUGUUCGGAGUGUUGGAUGCCAAAUCUACAAUGUGCUUUUAAAAAAUUUUUAAAGUUUGAAAAAAAAAAUUAUUAUGACAAAAAAAUAUAUCAAGCACCGAAAAAUAUUAUUCAUUAUUGAAAAUUUAUUCUAAGU